AUGCCCCGAAACCACAAUGCAGGACCUUCCACUCUUCGAAAUCGGAACCGCGUCACAAACAAAACUCGACUCAAGGUUAUCACUGAGAGUAUUGAUGCAGACCCGAUCGUGCUCGAUGAGGAUGAGGAGAAGGCGAGAGUGGUUUCUACUGCCGGUGUCGACGCUGAAGAUGCCAAUGAACAUCAUCUGCAGGCGGUUCUAUCUGCGGCCGCCACUCGACAUCAAGCAAAUGUACGAGCUACAAGGUCAGAAAAGGAAAAGGUGGUCUCAGCCGCGUAUAUUCCUACACCAGACAGCACAGGCGUGGUGGACAACUAUGAAGAACUCUACCCUUCCGACAGAUGGAAGGAUUCUGCGACAUAUGUCAAAUCUUCCGAUACAGUUGAGGAAUCGAUUUUCUCUGCUCUUGCCACCGGAUUUAUCUACUACAUGGACGAGCGUGACAAAGACUGGCUUGACAAGAACAACGAAGAAGCGCGAGGAGAGGGUACUAGUGCUCAAGGCGCUGUGUCGGGUACAGGUACACGUUCGGGGCGCAGCUCGAAAGCCAAGGGGAAGGAUCCUGAAUUCAAUCAACCCGUUGCGAUGUCGGAGGACGAGUUUGAGCUGGUAAUGGCGAUCUUCGAAAAAGUGACACAUGAGAAGACGCCUUUUCUGUAUCAUGGCCUCGAGGAGGGGACAGUGUUUCCCCCAUUCUCUGACUAUCAAGAUACGUUUGCGGCCGACCUGUCUGCUUCGAUGUUCGCCCUCUUUGAUACACCAAAGUGGAUACCUUCUCCGCAACAGCUACUGCGCAUGGCUCGGGCUGUUUAUCCGUAUUGGCGCGAUCGUCGACUGGAGCGGGGUGGGCACCCCAUCAUACCCUCUGUCAAUUUAGACGAAGCUGAUACCAAGAAUGAGUCAUACAUAUGUUUCCGACGGCGCGAGAUCAAAGCCAUCAGAAAAACCCGAGCUCAACAGGCGACGUAUUCCGAUAAGAUGUUGCGACUACAUUCCGAGCUGGCCACAUCAUUGGAGCUGGCAAGAGGUGUUUUGGAGCGGGAGGUAUUCAAACGGGAAGCCGCUGGACAAAGUCAAGGUGUUUGGGAGAAGCGUCUUGUUCUUGUCGAUCUGAAGCGCAAAUUUCCUGCUCUCGGUACCAAGGAAGAAGAGGAACUCCUCUAUGACAAGGAAAGAACACCAAAGAAGCCGAGGGCAGAAUCCACUGCUCGAAUUCCACUCAAACUGCGAACUCGCGACAACGGAGAGUUGGGCUCCCCAAAUGGUCAUCAAGAGCCUCAAAUUCGGCCUAAGGAGCGCCAAGCGCAAAUUCAAAGCCAGAUUGAACAGGAACUGGCUAAACGGAAAGAGAAGGACCACCAUUGGGAAGAUUCUAUUGACAAUACAUAUCAACCAUCACCCCCUGCAUAUGCGUCGAAAUUAUUCAAGUUCAUCUCGUCGACACGUGGGUCUAUGUCGUCAAUAAGUUCCAAUGAGGCUGGUCCCAUCAAGCCCAGUCGUUCAAGUCGUGCUGCCCGCUUGCGUUAUGGUCGAGGCGGUCGGUUGCAUCUUGAUCGACGUACCCUCAUUCCGCGUGUCUCAUCUCCAUCUGAGUUACUUUUGGAAGACGAAGAGGGCGACGUGGAAGCGCGUGAGCGCGCCCGUCGAUUGUUCGAGCGGUGGAAAUUUGACAAUGACGAUGGCCCUGCUUUUGGAUCUGAAGGUCCGGAUGAAAGGGAUCGAAUUCUGCUUGAUGAUUCUCAGCCGAGAUAUCUCGUUCACAGUGUGACGCUUCUGAAUGAUCAAGACUAUGAGAGUUUCUCUCCGGAUACUAGUAUCACGGUCACGUUGAAUGAUGGUCGUCCACACACUCAUAUACCAUUCAAAUUGAGUCCAUUGACUCCGUCUCGACGUGACGUGGUCGCACCAGCGCGCGCCGGUUCUACUGUGGGGACGUCUGGAGAAGCAAUAGCUUCUGUGCAGUCGAAUGGUCUCCUGCCUAUGUUGUCCAGUGGGAUGCCUUCAGUGGUACCGACGCCAUCGAAGAAAAUGGUGCCUCCGAGUGUACCACAUGUGCGUAUAUCAUCUUACGGGGAAAUGCGACCUCCAGGGCUACCGACUCUUCCAAAUAUGCAGCCUAGUUCGGCUAUAUGUCCCCCUCAGAGCACACCUUCGAGCAGCACAAACUCGGGCGCCCAGGAUGGCAGUGGGUCGCCUAUAGAUGCUGACGAUCAUGGCACCCAGCCAUCUGCGGCUGCUGGUGUUAACGGCAACGCGCAGGUCAUCCAAGACCACUCACAGAGUGACGCAAAUUCACUUGCAGUUGUAUCAUCUUCCCCUGUUCGUUCGAAGGCAUUGCUUCAACAAUCUAUUUCCAUUCCCGCUGUCCCUAAUGGUUACCAUAUCCCUCCUGUUAAUUCUUUUUCUACACCUAUGCCCGCUACUCCUUACGUCCAUCCUCCCGCAAGACAUAAUGGCCUUGGGCUACAGCAACAGAUGCAAAGUAUAAAGAGUGCUUUCAUGUUACCAUCGUCAGACUCCAACGCACAGGUUCAUAAUGCGAACAUGCAACUACGAACAUCUGCUUCCUACAUUGGUCACCUUCUGCCUGGCAAUUCCAAUUAUGUGCCGCAGCAGUUGGCUACCGCCCGUCAUAUGCAACAGUACCUACAGCAGCAGCGAUCACCGUCCAUUCAGAGCGCAGAUGUUAACGGCUUAGAGGGGAUGUCAGUUACCCCGUCGCUUUCUCCGCCUAUGCCUGGGACACCGGUUCGGACACCGUCGGCAAAUGGCGUACACACACCUUUGUCUCGAGCGGGUACGGUUCCAGCGAUCAAUCAAACGCAAGGCAGAGCGUCCCCUGCGACUACUCACAUUACUCGUCUUGCUGCCCCUCUGUCACCUUCACCUCAUUUGCUCAAUGCGAAUCUGGGUACUGCUCAACCACAGUCAUCUCCAUCGAGAUCUCCACAACCUGUCUUAGCGUCUCCUUCGCCGUCGUUGCAAUCGCGACAGGCGGUGGGCAGUUCUGGUGCUGGGUAUUAG